AUGGCGUCGGAAAUGAGUCGAGCUAAUAAUUACUGUUGCGAGUGCGUCGCAUCACAAGGUCGGUGCAGUGCUGAUACGUGUCCAUGUGUAGCUGCCAGAAAGACCUGUGAUGAGCACUGCGAAAGUACUAGAUAUCGGGGAGACUGUCUCAAUCAAGCAAUCUGCAAGUGUUCCUGUGAAGUGGACCCUGCUAAACCGGCAAAGAAUGCGUGCUCCAAAUCAGAACGAUGUGAUUGUCUUCGGAUAAAAGAGGGCUGCAGCAAGUUGUGUGCUUGCAAACAAAUCUGCAAAAAUAAGGAAGCACCAAAGAAACUCGCGAAAGUCGCCAAGCCAACAACUGGUUGUCAAUGUGCCAAGGGAAAGAAACAGUGUGUAAAGAAGGAAUGCGCUUGUCGAACAGUCUAUGGUUUCUGUUCGGCCAACUGCAAAUGUGGAGGUGAUUGUACCAAUGGAGCAUCCAAAUUCUCAGUUCCAAAGCAUGUUCAAAACUGUUUCUUGGAACAUAAACACGAGUCAUCUGGAUUGAUUGUGACAUUGAUAGGAGAGGAUUAUGUCUACCGAGGAGACUUUUAUCAUGAAUCCAAAGGAGAACCACAUGUAGAGGAACAACUGGUUGCUGCGAUCUACGAUUUAAUCUCCAAGUACACUGUCGAUCUCCACGAAAUUCAAAUUUUUGUCUCAAAAUCUCCAUGCUUCCAUCAGGAUUGCGAGCCGAAAUGUGAGGUUGUUGAUGAAUGCAAGAGCAACAAAGCUUGUGCAAAACUUCUCGGAUUGCUUCUGAGCAAAGUUAGAAAAGAAAUCAAGAAGGUUGAUGUGAAGAUGACUGUCAAAUUCUUGUAUCCACACCUCAACAGAGGAGAUCUCUACACGAAACAGGGAAUUCUGUGCAUGCUUCAAGCCGGAAUAAAAGUGGAGCCACUUCUCAUGAAAGAUUGGUGCGCGAUCAUGGACUGGAGUCCACAUGUGGAUCACAAGGGAGAUUAUUUGCAGUUGUGGAACAAUCAUCACCUUGAUAAGGCGGUUGCUCAAUCCCAGCUAUUCAUCAACGAGUGCCGCCGUGCUCUUGGUCUCUCCAUGAAGUUCUGGGUUGCUGAGAUUCAUGAAAUCGUCAAGGACACAAUUCUUCACUUCUCGGAUCUUCGUACCAAAUGUGGUGAUCUCAACGACGCUCUAAAGCAACUCGAUCUCACUGCCACUCCACACAAGAUUCGAUCUACACCAUCCAAGCGUCGAAGCUUCAUUGAUCUCCAUGAACUGAGGGAUAAACUUCUGAGAUCCUCGUCGUCGGAUGGUGGAAAGAAGGCCGGGUCCCAUGUGUCAGUAGCCAGCGAGGAUGCUCAAGCCCAAGCAAUGGUUGCUUCUUUCUGUGGACGAUCGUUCGAUGACUGCGAAACCGAUGAAAUCGCUCAACGCAUUCGUCGUGCCACUGCUAACAUCAAUCUGGAAAUCGAAACUCUCAUGGAGUUCCUCAAUCACAAAGGAGCUCUUUCAUAA